CCCAGGAAUACAUUCUUUGAAAUGCAGACCAGAGUCCUUGCAGAUGUCCAAAUCCCGGCAAAGGGAAACUUCACAUUGAGCAUCGAUUGCGAUGGACUUUUGAUGCCUGACCCGAACAGUCCCAGCAUGUUCAAGUCAAAGCCAGCCGCUGAGGCUGCUCUCUAUUUUCGACUAGAGACGCUCUUGACGGUUCCGAUGAUUCAACAAAUCAAGCUCAAGUGCUUCCAUGUUUGCGGAAAAGUUGAGUUCGAUGAGUGCGCUUGUUUGGCGACUCCCUGGGGCAUUGGCGAUUGGUUCGUAGAUCAAUACCGGCAAGCAGGAAAGUAUGUUUAUUACAAAAAAUGGACGAGAGAUAGUGAAAAGGAUUGGAAUGAUCCAGAUAUACUCCUCACAGUGUUCAUAGACCAAUGA